CUUUCAUAAUCUUGUUGCAUGUGUAACUAAAUCAAUAUGGCCCGAAUGAACCGCCCAGCUCCUGUGGAAAUCACCUACAAGAACAUGAGAUUCCUGAUCACACAUAAUCCAACCAAUGCAACCUUAAACAAAUUUAUAGAGGAACUUAAGAAAUACGGUGUUACCACAGUGGUGAGAGUGUGUGAAGCUACUUAUGACACUGCUCCGGUGGAAAAAGAAGGCAUUCAGGUUUUGGACUGGCCCUUUGAUGACGGUGCUCCACCAUCCAACCAGAUUGUUGAUGAUUGGCUAAACCUCCUCAAAGUUAAAUUUCGUGAAGAACCUGGUUGUUGUAUUGCUGUACACUGUGUUGCUGGUCUUGGAAGAGCUCCAGUUUUAGUUGCUCUUGCACUGAUAGAAUGUGGAAUGAAGUAUGAAGAUGCAGUGCAGUUCAUAAGACAGAAGCGGCGUGGAGCUUUCAACAGCAAGCAACUUCUGUACUUGGAGAAAUACCGCCCCAAGAUGCGCCUGCGCUUUAAAGACUCCAACGGUCACCGAAAUAAUUGUUGUAUUCAGUAAAGCUCAACAGCCUAUAGUACUUCUUUGGAAAUAAAGGAUGGAAACUAGAAUUAAGCAGACUGCAUGCCAAACACAUCAGUCUGGUAUUUUUUAGUAGUAAAGGAAGCUUCCUUAGGAGUAUUUAUUAGGCUAAAGGCUCAGUAGAAAUGCAACUUCUAUGUUUAGAUAAAUAUCUGUCUAUGGAGACCCAGUAAAUGUUUUUGCUGUACCCUGUUUCUGAGCUGUCUCCUUGUUCAUUAAUUAUCAGAUCAAAUAUCCUUUAAUCAUGCCAUUGAGUCUUACUGACCUAGUUUCAACUACUAUAAAUUGGGGUACUAAAAUAAAUCAAUCUGUAGAGAGAUUAGGUGCCAAAAUACCCAGCAUAUCAGCUACAUUUUUCCUUAAAAUGGGCAUAGUUCUGAUGAUGUGAGAACUACCAGCUUAUCUGGACCUUACUAUCUUUUUUUCUACAGUCAUUUCAAUAUUGAAGAAUAUGGCCUCUAAAGUAGUCUUGCCUGCUCACGGUAUGUUUUGUCUCCCACAAUCGCACUAGAAUUAUCAAGAUUUGCACAGUCUGUCUUUUUAAUACUAUGAAUUACAGCAACUUUUUACCCCUGCAUCUGUACUUUUCUGUUACCUGAACCUCUCCAUAUUACAAGUCAUUACUCUGGUUAUUCAUGUAGAAGAUCUUUUAAAUUGUACAGAAGCACACAAGUCUUUAAUGUCUCCAGACAAAAAGCCUUACAGUAAAAUUAAUGUUGGCACUUCAUGUGCAACUUAACAGAGGGCCUGAAAAGGUUGGGAGGGGCUAUUUAAUAUUUCUAGUAAAAUGUUGCCUUUGUCUUGUGCAGGAAGUAUAGAAUAUGCCCUUUACUUUAGUAAAUAUUUUUUUAAAACGUAGAAAUGCUUUGUUAUUGUAGCUAAAAAUUCUUAAUCAGAAAAUUUCUGAAAAAUCUUGUAGUUUUCUUUUACUGUACCUAUUGAGAGUUGUUUACCAACUAUUGUUUUGUUGAAAGUGUGAUCUUUUUCUUUUCAUUUUUCCUUCUUGAGUUUCUGCUAUGACUUGGGCAGACCUCUGUAAUAUUUUGUAUGCCUUUCAAGCUGCGUAACUUAAUAUUUGGAUACUUGAUAAUUUGUUUUAUUAUGUAAUUGAUAAAAUGGUGAUGUGUAUUAAUGUUAGUUCAACCAUAUAUUUAUACUGUCUUGGGAAUGUGUGGUUAUAGUUCUGUGGGAGAAAUACUUUUGCCAGUGUUCACCAGCUUGUAAAAUCUAGUGCGAGAGCUUAAAACAUCUAAAUAAAGACUGAAAUGCACUUACGAA